AUGGGUAAUAAAAUAUCUGAUAAUAAACAAAAGCAACUAAUUUUAUAUAAGGAUAUAAAAAAUAGAAUAAAAAUAAAAAAUAAUAUUGACAUAAAAGAUAAUAUAUAUAUUUCAAAAUUAACGGAAAAUGAUCUAUCCAUUUUAAAUGAUGAUAUCUUCGAGUCCUAUAGUCCAUUUCAUAUAAAUGAACAAGCUAAAGAAAAAAAUAAUGAAAAAAAUAAUGAAAAAAAUAAUGAGCAAAAUAAUGAAAAAAAUGACAAGGACGAAAUAACAGUUAAAAUUAAUUUUGUUAAAAAAAAAAAAGAACAAACAUCAAAUAGUAAGAAUAAUGAAAAUGAAAAAAAAGAAUUUGAACUAGACUAUAGUGGUUUUUUUAGUGUAGAAAAAUUAAUAGACAAUGAUGAAAUUGAUUAUAUAAAUUUUAUUAAAAAAAAAAAGUCAACAUUAUCAUUGGAGGAUAAAGGAAAACACAAUGGAGAAAUCAAAAAGAAGGAAAAAGAUAAUCAUUUUAAAUAUAAAGAAAACAAAAAAAAUACAUUAUUAAAAAAAAAAAAGACAGAUCAUGCUGAAGAUAAAACGGAUUUAAAUAAAAUACAACCUAAUGAAAUUUAUGAAAAUUAUAGUAAAAAAACGGAAUUAAAAUAUGUGAAAAUUAAUAUGAACAUGCAAGGUAAAAAUGAUAAUAUAAUUGAAACGAAAAAAAAAAAAAUUCCUAUUAAUUAUAUAAAUUGUGAAAUUAAUAAAGAUACUACUAAUGAAAAUACAUGUAUAAAAGAAAAAACUCAAUCAAAUUCUAAAUUUUUAAAUAUACUUAAGGAAAAAAAAAUAUUACAAAAUAUAUUAUCAUUUUUAGCUUGUAAUGAUUUACUUGAAUUUCAAAGAACAUGCUCAAUUAUUUAUAUAUGUGUUAGCGAUUUUUUAGAUUAUAUAUGUUUAAAUAUAUAUUCCAAAUUUAAUAAAGAGUACAAUUCAUAUUUCAAACCAGUCAAUUUUUUUUACAAGUAUGAAUAUUUAUACACGGACAAGCCCUCUUCCCGUCUCGAUUGCAUAUUAAUUGCAAAGGUUGAAAAAAGCUGCACAGGAUACAACAACAGAUUUGGUUACAAACAUAAAUAUAUAUAUGAUAAAAAAAAAGGAACAUAUUAUGUAUAUUUUAAUUUUAAUGUUUUAAAAAGCAAUUCAUCAAAAACAAUUGAAAUACAUAAAGAUAUAUCAUAUAAUAAUGGAGAUGAUAUAAAUAUUUCACAUAUAAUUAAUAAAGACGCAUGUCCAAAUGAUUAUAUUUGCAUACCUAUAAAUUUAUAUAAUUUUUUAGGUACUGUUAAUUAUAAAUCUAUUUCUUUUUUUCCAAAUAAAUUAAGUAAACAUUUAACAUAUAAUAAUCAAUUUGAUGAUCAAUUAUGGUAUAAUUUAAAUGAAUAUAACUCUUUAAUAAAAGAUAAAAAUUUAAUAUCAUCUGAAUGUUUUCUUCCUCACCUAAAACAUGUUCAAACUAUUUAUUCGGGAAUGGAUGUAACUAUUAUGAAGUCUACCUACAAAGCCGUUGAGCCAGGAAAACUAGGGAGACGAAGCUACCUUUUAUGGGGAAACUAUUUUAUAAUUAAAAAUAAAUAUGAUCCAAUUUAUAUUUUUUUAAAAAGAGAGGGUUUACAACAUGAUUAUUUAUAUCACAAUUUUUAUUUAAGAGUUGGUGAUAAUAUUGUUUUUUAUUUAAUUAAAGGAGGAAAUAAUAUUUAA